AUGGCACCUCGUUCAAACGAUCGCAAACCUCAUCAAUUUCGAAAUUUGACAUUCACCGAUCAUCGGCCCAAGUUCCUGGCGAACAUCGAUGCAGCGUUGAGAGGGACAAGAGUUGACGAUGAACAAGGUCUUCCCAGCUUGAGAAGACGGCGUGGCGGAGACGAUGAAGGUGACUACGAGGAGACCGAGAUCUUGGAUCCAUCUCGGCCAGCCAUACCGGUCAGGCCCCGGGAGAUCAAUCGUGAUGAUGAUGAGGAUGACGAGCAACCACAGGUCGUGGAAGAAACUGAUUUAUCCGGUAUGGGUCGUCUGUCUGAUGAAGACGAGGAACCGGACGAAGAUUCGCCUGAGGUAGUCGUUCUGAAAGAAGGCAAACACUUGACCAAGGAGGAAUUUGAGGCUGAAAAGAUAAGACUUCGCGAUCACCCUGAUACUCCAUCUUCGCUACCUACCUCAUCCCGUGCAAGUAUCAAGCCGUCCUUGACGUUCUCGUCCAGCAACAAACCGGCAGCAUCCACGGGCAAGCGGAAAGGUACGGCCAUUGACGACAGUGAUAAUUGUCCGGGGGUCAACGACGGAUGGUCGGAGUUGGUCAAACGGACUAAAGGGGAAAAAUCCGCCCUGGUCUCAACGAUCAAGGAGGAAAGAGAGCUCGCCGAAAAAGCUUCGCUGACUAAGAAGCAGAAGAAGAUUGAGCUCAAGGCAAAGAACAAGAAGGCCAAGAGCCUCAUGUCAUUUUCUUGA